GUGAGAGCACAAAGGGAUCAGCUCCACACCUUCCUCUCCCUGAAGCUGCUGAAAUCUGGGAGCAAACCCAGAUUUAUGAACCAGUGAUUUACAGGACUGUCUGUGUGGCAGGACCAGCUCAGCCCAAGAACAAGAUGCCCGUGAAGUUUAACCUCCUUUAGCCUUAGAAGUAAAAAACCGAGGAGCAGAAGUUAUGGAUCCUUUGUACUUUUCCAACACCUUCGGCGCGGAGGGCGGGCCCAGCGCCGGGAACUCCUCCCUGCUGGCGAACCUGACGGAGAACGGGACGCUCCCGGAGCAGCCCUCCUUCAAGUACAUCCACAAGGUGCUCAUUCCCAUCUGCUACCUGCUGGUGUGCGCCGUGGGGCUCAGCGGGAACACGCUGGUCAUUUACGUGGUGCUGCGCCACGCCAAGAUGAAAACGGUCACCAACAUCUACAUCCUCAACCUGGCCGUGGCCGACGUGCUCUUCAUGCUGGGCCUGCCCUUCCUGGCCACCCAGAACGCCAUCUCCUACUGGCCGUUUGGCUCCUUCCUGUGCAGGCUGGUCAUGACCGUGGACGGCAUCAACCAGUUCACGAGCAUCUUCUGCCUGACGGUGAUGAGCAUGGACCGGUACCUGGCCGUGGUCCAUCCCAUCAAAUCCACCAAGUGGAGGCGGCCCAGGGUGGCCAAGCUCAUCAGUGCGACUGUGUGGACAUUCUCCUUCCUGGUGGUGCUUCCAGUCAUCAUCUUCUCGGACGUGCAGGAGGACUUCCAGACCUGCAACAUAAACUGGCCAGAGCCCGUGAGCGUCUGGUCGGCGGCUUUCAUCGUCUACACCUCGGUCCUGGGCUUCUUCGGGCCUCUCCUGGUGAUCUGCCUGUGCUACUUGCUGAUUGUCAUUAAGGUCAAGUCGUCGGGGAUCCGGGUGGGGUCCACGAGGCGCAGGAGGUCGGAGAGGAAGGUGACCAGGAUGGUGGUGAUCAUCGUGGUGGUCUUCGUGCUCUGCUGGCUCCCGUUUUACACCAUGAACAUCGUCAACUUGAUAUUCAUCCUGCCGGCAGACCCCGUGCUGGUGGGCUUGUACUUCUUCAUGGUGGUCCUGUCCUAUGCAAACAGCUGUGCCAACCCCAUCCUUUAUGGCUUCCUCUCUGACAACUUCAAGCAGAGCUUUCAGAAGGUCCUUUGCCUCCGGAAGGGCAACGGCGUGGAGGACGGGGAGCCCGUGGAACACAGGCAGGAGAACAGCAGCCGCCUGCAGGAGUCCAUGCUGACCCAGAGGAACGUGGAAUUCAACGGUCACAUGCAGACCAGCAAGGUCUGAGGGCAGGGGCUGGCACUGCAAAGGGCUGGUAGGGCUGGAGAACUUUGGUGGGAGGGGCCUCAAGGAGAGGUGGAUCCGUGAAAAAGGUAAAACUGUGGAGACCCACGGGCUGAAAUAAAUGUACAUAGAGGUGGCCUCACCCCCCUCCCUUCCCCAGCUCCAAGUGGCAGGGGCUGCAGUGGGCUCUGCCCAUGCUGUCGUGGUGACCUGGGUCACGUGGGGACCACUUUGGGGUCCUCUGGAGAACUCAUUUCCAGGCUUUGUACUGCCCUAAUGAUGCAAAACCCCCCGAGAGCAGUUUUUGCUACCUUGUUAACUGGGCUUAUGGCUGCUUUGCACUGCUGGGAGCAGCUGAGAGCAGAAAACAGCUCAGACAGUGUCUCUGGAAUCCUUCAGGGGGAUCUCUUACGAGAAAAAUUGUUGUUCCUUCAGAGUUUCACCCACAGAAGGCCCCAGCACUGACCUCGAAGCUGCGCACGAGCCGUGGCUGGAAUGUGCUGGGUGGUCCUGCUGUGUUGGUUCGCUGUCAUGAACCCAUCCAAGAGAUUCAUGGUGCCCAGGAAUCCUCCAAACACAGCAGGAAUGAGGAAAAAAGGAAGCCACGAUUGGGAAGACCUUUCUGAAAGGAUUCAGUGUAUUCAUGAUGUCUUCACACUCCAACCCAAAGUGCAUCCAUAGAAAACGUGAUGUAGCCACUCUGUUGUUCUGUAAGUGCUGAUCAUUGUGAAGUCCUGGGGAGCUGUUGUGUGUAUUUAUUGGUUCUGAAUGUCAGUCUGGAUGUGAAUACAAACUGUGUUUUCAGAAAUUAAAACAAGUUCAACCCCC